AUGAUGUCCAUGAACAGCAAACAGCCGCACUUCGCCAUGCAUCCCUCUUUACCCGAGCACAAGUACACCACCCUGCAUUCCAGCUCGGAAGCUAUAAGGAGAGCCUGUCUACAAACUCCACAGCUGCAGAGCAACAUAUUUGCGAGCCUGGAUGAGACCCUGCUGGCCCGGGCUGAGGCGUUGGCGGCCGUGGACAUCGCCGUGUCCCAGGGCAAGACGCACCCGUUCAAGCCCGACGCCACCUACCACACGAUGAGCACCGUACCAUGCUCGUCGACAUCCACUGUUCCACUGGCCCACCAUCACCAUCACCAUCACCACCACCACCACCAGAACCUGGAGCCCCCGGACAUUAUGGACCAUAUCAGCUCACCGUCCCUCGCUCUGAUGUCCAGUGCGCACGACGGGACCGGUGGAGGAGGUGGCGGGGGCGGCGGAGGUGGCGGCGGAGGGCUCAUCUCCACCUCCUCCCACCCGCACUCUCACAUGCACGGCUUGGGUCACCUCUCCCACCAGGCUAUGAGCAUGAACUCGCCUCUCACCCACCACGGGCUCUUACCGGGCCAUCACGGAGGGGGUCAAGGGGGCCCAGGGCUCACAAACACCGGACUCCCCUCCAUCAAUGACUCGGACACAGACCCAAGGGAGCUGGAGGCUUUCGCGGAGCGCUUCAAGCAGCGGAGGAUCAAGCUGGGGGUGACCCAGGCGGACGUGGGCAGCGCUCUGGCUAAUCUCAAAAUCCCCGGCGUGGGAUCACUGAGCCAAAGUACAAUUUGUCGAUUCGAGUCGUUAACUCUGUCCCACAACAACAUGAUUGCGCUCAAACCUAUUCUCCAGGCCUGGCUGGAGGAGGCCGAGGGGGCCCAGAGGGAGAAAAUGAGCAAACCUGACAUUUUCAACGGAGGUGAGAAGAAACGCAAGAGGACCUCGAUAGCGGCCCCGGAAAAGAGGUCUUUGGAGGCGUACUUCGCCGUGCAGCCUCGGCCGUCGUCCGAGAAAAUAGCAGCUAUAGCUGAGAAGUUGGACCUGAAAAAAAAUGUGGUGCGAGUGUGGUUUUGUAACCAAAGACAGAAGCAGAAGAGGUUGAAAUUUUCGGCCACUCACUGA